AUGACGAAAACUGAAAAGAAAAAGGAUAUCGAAAAUUCAAUGACGGAAACUGAAAAGAAAAAGGACAUCGAAAAUUCAAUGACGAAAACUGAAAAGAAAAAGGACAUCGAAAAUUCAAUGACGAAAACUGAAAAGAAAAAGGACAUCGAAAAUUCAAUGACGAAAACUGAAAAGAAAAAGGACAUCGAAAAUUCAAUGACGAAAACUGAAAAAAAUAAAAAGUCUGAAUCUAUAGGCAAAAUCUGGAACUCGAAUACUGGAGAAUGUUUGGGAAGAACUGGUUUGAGUUGGAUGAAAAUACUUAUAUUUUACAUUAUUUUCUUUACUUGCUUGAUUGCAUUUUGGGCAUGCAUUAUGUUCAUGUUUUUCAUGACUCUCGACCAUCAAGAGCCCAAAUACAAAAUGGAUGGAAGCAGAAUCGGUUCUAAUCCUGGCCUUGGAUGCAGACCAACUCCUCCUUACGAUGCAAUUCAUAGUACUGUGAUAUGGUUUAACGUGAGUCGCAAUGAAACGAUAGAAUAUUGGGUUUCAAAUUUAAAUAAAUUUCUUGAAGCGUACAAUCAGAGUAACUUGACCACCUGUUUAGGAAACGAAACUGCAACACCAGGAAAGGCUUGCCUCUUCCCUAUCCCUACUGGAAACCACAGCUGCACCUCAGAAAGGCAGUUUGGUUAUCCUGAAGGAAAACCUUGUGUCCUUAUAAAAUUGAACAAAAUUUACGGUUGGAUUCCUGUUCCUUAUGAAUCACCACCUGUAAAUCUGAGAAGGAAAUUAAAAAGUGCUUUCUUAAAGGGUAGGGUGUACGUAACUUGUGAAGGGGCGAAUCCAUCAGAUCAUGAUAACAUUGGAGAAGUUACUUACUACCCAAAUCAAGGCAUUUCAAUGUUAUAUUACCCGUUCGUCAAUCAGAAGAAUUACUUGUCACCUUUCGUGUUUGUUCAGUUUUUGGACAUCACCCGAGGAGGCCUUCUUGAGACUUAUGCUAAAGAUAAAAAAAAUAAACUUUCAUAUGAUAAAUUUUUUGUCUUCGAUUUGCUACUUCAACAUUGUUCAACAAUCAUUCACACAUCAGGCCCUGUAUCUAGUUAUUUUAUCCGUUCGCGAUACAUUUCUACUAUGCCGUACUGCUUUGAUAUCGGAACCCACCGCGCCUCUAGCAGCAAGACAAAGAAGUUAGUUGAAAGCAGAUGA